UUCAAUGGUGAAAGAGUCCUUCCUAGCCAAUAUUGUGUGGUUCAUUCCGAGUCACAAUUUGUACAAAAAGAUUCAAAGAUAUAUUCAAAUAGAGCUCACAUUUGAGCUAAAUAUUUAUUUAUAGAAUAAGGGUUUGGAGCAAAUCGAUUUAUCUAUACAGAGUUUCUCAAGUUUACAAUUACAAAUUUAUACAAGUUUUGCAGCCAAACAUAUAUAUUUGUAAGUGUGGUGUGUGCACGUGAAUAUACAUCCGAAUUUGAUGUGUUGUGUUUCCUGGUGAAAAGAACACAAAUUUAAGUGCCCAAUGGAAUGUUGAAGUAAAAAUUAUAUAUUUUAUUGGUUCUUGGAAUUUACCAGACCGUAUCAUCAAGGGGAUGUACCAUUCCAAAGUCUACAGAAAAGGUUAGAAGCUUUAAUUUGGAGGCUUAAAAUCCUUUGAAACUUUCAACACGGCUUAUUUGGAGGUUAAUAAAACCUAGUGCAGCAUGCAUACAAGUACUUGCAGCCCCCCUUGCAGCCAUAACAUUUACAAAGACAGGUGCGCCUCUCUGUAGCCUACGAUACCUUCUUAUGGGGUGCCAUACUUCUUCAAGGAGGGGUCAAAGUUGGGUUGGCUGCUAAUCGGGCUUGUCAAUCAGCUCCUAUUGAGAUUGUUUUAAUAACACUCGGACUUCAAAUGGACCACUACCUUGACGGAGCAUCAAUUGAAGAUGCUGUAACACUUUUUCGCCGUAGGCUUUGUGAUAGCUCUUCAUUGGACCUCCUUUUACCUAAUGCUUCAGAAAAUUAUAGUAAAUUGCGGUAUUUACUCUCAAAUACUGUUACCAAUACUUGCAAUAAUUCGGUCCUGCUUCUUGGUCCAAGGGGUUGUGGCAAGUCAAUGGUGUUGGAGCGUGUCAUGAAAGAGUUGCAACACCAACAUUCAGACAUGAUUUCAAUUGUUAGGUUGAAUGGCCUUCUUCACAGUGAUGAUCGUUGUGCUUUAAAGGAAAUCGCAAAGCAAUUAUGUCUUGAGCACCAUUUGACAUUCUCUAAGACGGCUUCCUUUGAUGAGAAUUCACAAUUUAUGAUUGCUAUGUUGAGAGAGUGUGCUUUAGCUCACAAGGCUGUGAUUUUUGUGCUUGAUGAGUUCGAUCUCUUUGCUCAGGGAAAGCAACGAGUGCUUUAUAAUCUCCUUGACACAAUGCAAUCUGUACUGUCACAAGCUGCAGUCGUUGGUAUAAGUUGUCGCCUGGAUGCUGACCAACUACUGGAGAAAAGAGUAAGAUCACGCUUUUCGCAUAGGAAACUAUUAUUUUCUCCUCCUUCAACUGAAGAUCUGCAGAGGCUCUUGGAGCAGGCACUAAUUUUACCUACUGAUUCAACAUUUCCUCAUGUUGAAUAUGCAGCUAGAUUCAAUGCACGUUUGACUGAUAUCAUAGAGAAUAAAAGCUUCAAGGAUAUUUUAAGCAAUGUAGUGAAUGUGGAUCUUAGUGUAAGACGACUGCUAGAUUUUCUAUUUCGAGCUGUCUGUGAUCUAGAUCGCGAUUCUGGGUUGCUUUCGCUGCGGAAUUUCCGGACUGCAGUUUCAUCAAUUCAACGACAACCUAAGUUGGAAACUCUACGGGAUGCAUCUGUUCUAGAGCUUUACCUGCUCGUAUCUAUGAAGAGACUGGAGAGCAAAGAUUGCGACUCUUACAAUUUUAAUGCCAUCAUGAAAGAAUACAUGGAUUUACAUAAUGCUCAUCCUACUUGUGAUCUCUAUUCAAGACAAAUUUGUUUGAGAGCAUUUGAGCACUUAUUGGAACGUCAGUUAAUAGCUUUUAUAGAUAAGAGGGGGCAAAACAUUGCAUUGGAAUUCCGACCGGUGAAAUUACUUGUUGCUUCUCAUGAACUUAACGAAGGAUUGAAAACAAGUCCCGUCUGUCCGGUUGUCUUACGUCAAUGGUUUGAUCAUGAGAAGUUCAAAUGAAAUCUAUACAUUCGCAUUUAUCCAUAGGGACCGUGAAUUGAACUUGGAAGUCUUUUUCAAAAUGUUUUCGCGCACCACAUGAGAAGCUAAUUCAUUGUAAUGGAAGCGACCCUUCUAGAAGAACUUGGAUGAGAAACAGGCUCAAUGGUUCUUGAGUGCUUAUUGAGGCAAUGGAAGCAAAGAAGUGCAUCAAUUUUUGAAGGAAACGAAACUAUGCGGUUGAGACUACAUGUACUAAAUAUCAUUGUUAUUUGCUCCAUGUUUUGUUCUUAAUGAAUGAAUGAAUGAAGAAGAAGAAGAGUAAGAAGAAUAAAUUUUAACGUCUACGAGACUAACAAAAGCCUAUGGGACAAACCGUCAGAUAAAUUUUAAUGAAUGAACGAAUAUUUUAAAUAACA